AUGGGUGGUCAUGCCUUCAAGAACCUCUACUGUCCACGCAUCAAUCCAAAUGUAUACUGCAAAAUCAAAGCCCAAGCUACUGCAGCACUUCAGACAGUGUUCGCACAUGUGGUGGUCCCAACUGAAAUGCCCGAAAAGAACGACUACGGCGACGUCGACUUCCUAGUUUGUAGCCCGUUGCAUUACCCACAACCCCAUACGUUAAAUGACUUUCCAUGGGAAGAAACCGUCCAGCUUAUCAAAGACGCCUUCAAAACCACACAUGGCCGUCGAGGCUAUCUCACCAAUGAUUGCAUGUAUUUCGCCGUCGAUGCACCGUGUGAUGGAAAAGACCAUUUCAUCCAGAUUGAUGUUAAAGUCUGCUUAAAGCCAGAGUUGUUCGAAUGGUACUCAUUUAAGCUCGGCUACGCGAGUAACAGUAAGAUCAUUGGGAGCAUGGUGAAGCCUUUAGGGCUCACUAUUGACCCUGAAGGCAUUCAUAUUCGCGUCGAAGAUUUGGAAGAGAUGGAUCAUAAUGGGAGUAUGGUAUGGAUCAGCAAGGAUCCAAAGGACAUCCUGAGAAUUACUGGCUUGGAUUUCAGGAUCGUGAACGCUGGGUUCAUCACCAAGGAAGAGAUAUACAAGUAUCUCAUUAGUUCAUGGCUCUUCAAUCCAGCGCACUUUGCUGCACGGCUCGCCGAGGAAAACUAUCAAGACCGACUAGAAGAACGAUCUGCGCCUUGGACCCAUUUCAUAAAAGAGUGGGUACCUGAGCACUAUCCUGGCUACUGCUUUACCACAGGUUCUCCAGACACUGUAAAGCCCGAAGAUGGCAGUAAGAAAAACAGCGCACAAGACCUCCAAGCAUGGUACAAGCACACCAGAUCUGCCGUCCGCGACAAAGUCUUCACCAUGUUCCCCAGCACCGCAGAACAGUACUACGCCAAACGCGCCGCUCAUAUCAAAAAGCUCGAAGAACAAAGAUUGGUAAAUCUAAUCAUGAACGCCAUCCCCAUGGAUACAGAAAGAUGGGAAAUAUCAAUUGCAUCAGUUAACCUUACAUUUACGCAUGUACCACCUACACCACCUGGUCUCCAGCCCAUGGCCUCCCACAAAAUACUACAGCCUUUAUUGGACUUUGUAACCCCCGUCAUCACAUACACCAACACUUCACAACCCGCCCAGCCCACAAUGAUCCACCUACCCCCUCUCCCCCGUCAACCACCAAUCUCCUUCUCCCCUCGCCCUUCUCCCAUCAGCAUGUCCAUCGAAGCCAAACUCGCCUGUCUAUCACGUUGGACGUAUUUCGACCUUUCCACCGGCACACCGUAUAUGCUCUCCAUGCCGCGUCCCAAGGAAAAGAGUAUGUGCUGGACAGAUGCGAUCUACGCAGGUGCAAGAGAGGAAGUGCUGCUGAGGUGGGCGAAGGAAGAGUGGUGGCGGGUUUGGGCAAGGCAGAGUAUUGUUAAUUAUGUGGGGAUGUGGAGGGGGAGGCUUGAGAAGGAGAGUAAGAAGAGUGCUAAGGGAGGAGAGGAAGAGAAGGAUGGGGAUAGGCUGGGGAGGAUUAGGGAGAGGCUGGAGGUUGUUAACAAGAAGUUGGGGUUCUUGGUAGCUUGA